AUGGGAUCAAGAAAAGUGAAUCAGCCUCAAAUGGCCUCUCUAGUUGUGGUGUGUCUUAUGGUAACCAUAGGUUACAUAAUACCAACCAGUUCUGCCAACCAUGACACGCAUAUAAUCCCGGCAAGGGGGGCUGGGGGUGGGGGAGGUCGUGGUGGUGGAGCACGAGCAACACCAGUUAAACCACCAACCGCCGCUCCACAACCACCAGGAACCAUGGUUGAACAUAUAAUCCCAGCAAGGGGGGCUGGGGGCGGGGGCGGUCGUGGUGGUGGAGCACGAGCAACACCUGUGAAGCCACCAACCGCCGCUCCACAACCACCAGGGACCAUGGUUGAGCAAAUAAUCCCGGCAAGGGGGGCUGGGGGUGGGGGAGGUCGUGGUGGUGGAGCACGAGCAACACCAGUUAAACCACCAACCGCCGCUCCACAACCACCAGGAACCAUGGUUGAACAUAUAAUCCCGGCAAGGGGGGCUGGGGGUGGGGGCGGUCGUGGUGGUGGAGCACGAGCAACACCUGUCAAGCCACCAACCGCCGCUCCAGAACCACCAUCCAUGCUUAGAACAUCUGAACAACAAGAUGCCUCUAUGACACAACUACCAUCCACUGGUCCACCACCAUUGGUUGAUCCACCGCCACCACCAUCCAAAACUCCAGCACAAUCAGGGACCAUGGUUGAGCAUAUAAUCCCGGCAAGAGGGGCUGGGGGUGGGGGCGGUCGUGGUGGUGGAGCACGAGCAACACCUGUCAAGCCACCAACCGCCGCUCCACAACCACCAUCCAUGCUUAGAACAUCUGAACAACAAGAUGCCUCUAUGACACAACUACCAUCCACUGCUCCACCACCAUUGGUUGAUCCACCGCCACCACCACCAUCUUCCUAA